UCAGGCUUACGUCAGUGAAUCCAAAUGUCAAAAUGAUCGCCGUAGGGACAAGCGAUCUAAAUAGAUAAUUUAAACACUUUUCAACAAUUCCUCUCAAUAAUGGUGCCUUCAUAAUACAAUGAUAGUGACACGUUAGCAUGGAAAAUAAUAUAAUGGAGUUUACAUUGCCGCCAGCCCCUCGGGGGCUGUGCUUCGACAGAAAUGAUUUUGUCAAGACGAACUUUUCCGUCGAUAACUUUUUAGCGGAGCAUCAAAAUGUGGCUUCUUUGGAGACUAUGCGUGAUGACCUGGGAGUGUACUUAAAGGUCCUCAGACUGGCCAUGAUAGAGCUCAUAAACAAGGAUUACGCGAAUUUCGUUAAUUUGUGCGCCACUCUCAUCGGGUUUGACAAAGCAAUAGUAAAAAUACAGGUGCCAUUAGGACAGUUGAAUGAUGAAGUGGUUAGUGUAAAACAAUGUCUGGAAGAUGCAAUGAAAGAGUUAUCAAUGUGGAUGAGCCAAAGGCAUGGCCUACAGAAGAAAAAGCAGCUUCUCAAACAUUAUAGCCAAACAAUAAACUGUCUAAAAACACUAGACAACAUCCUACAAAAUAUAUCUUCUAAAAAGAAACAAGAGCAGGUAGCCCUCGCCGACAGAGCAGCAAUGCAAUACAACCAACUGAAGUUCUCCAUCGCAAAGUGUGACAGUAUAACGAAAUCUGAGCACAAAUUUAAAUAUAAAGAACUAGGAGAUAAACUAAUACAAACACUGAAUGAAUUACUAUUCAAGUUUUAUAAUAAUAAUGAUGAAGAGAACCUCCUAAAAACUCUAAUCACACUCGCAUCUUUAGACCGUGUUAGAGAGUCCGAAAUGCUAAUAAGAAAGCAAGCAGUGGCUCCACUUUUACAAGACAUUAUUAACGAGCCGAAUUUGCAGAAGAGCAAAGAUGGAUUACAAGGGAUCUACGAGAGAAUCCUGUCUCUAUUGGACACUAAACUGAAGUUACUGCUAACAGUAACGCAACAUUCCAAACUAUCCUUCCUUGUAAAGAAAUAUAGGUUUUUAGUGAACUGCUUUUGGUGUGAAGUCGAAAGCAGGCUGGAGGUGAAUCUUGCGUCAAUUUUUGCUCCUGGCAACCCUCAAAUAUUUUAUAGGAGGUACAGUGAGAGCAUACACUUUCUAAGAAAACUUGAAGAAUAUUGUUCUGCGGAUGAUAUCAAGUUGAUGAGGGAUUCUGCAGAGUAUAAGAGCUUCCAAAGAAGAUGGAACUUGCCAGUUUAUUUUCAGAUUCGGUUUCAGGAAAUUGCAGGAAGUUACGAGGCGGUGCUACAAAAGAGCCCCACAGUGGAACAUAACAACGAUUUUGUGUUGAGAGAAACACACAAAUGUUGGAAUGCGGUCCAUGAGUGCUGGACUGAAGGUGUCUACAUCGAGGCGUUGGCACACAAGUUCUGGAAACUAACACUGCAAAUGUUAUCGCGGUAUGCAACGUGGGCUAAUGCGUAUUGUACACAGAGAAUACCAUCACAAAAGUUUGAACCAACAAAUGUAAAUAAAAACCUAAUUGACAACAGUAUUAACAUCUAUGUGGACGUACAAACUUUGCUGAGAAAGUUGCCUCAAUUGUUAGAGCUUGUUCAGACGAAAAUACCUAUUGACAACAAAGAUCUGCUGGGACAAAGCUUGAGGUCUUCAGAGACGGUAUUAGAAGGUACAAAGGAGAAGGUAAAGGAAUGUAUAGUCAAUGAACUAUACGACAAUUUCAACGUCCACUUGAAGCAAGUUAGCGACAUACCGCGGUUGUACAGGAAGACCAAUCGAAGCGUGCCCACCAAGCCCUGCACGUACAUAGAUGUAGUGUCCAACGCCUUAAAUGAAUUCAACCAAGAAGCUUCUAAGAAAUUGGAUAAUGUGUUCACUAUGGAACUAUUUGAAUCGCUAUUCAAUGUUAUGACUGUUUCAUACUACAAAUAUGUAGAGGAUGUUCUGACCUCGGUGCAAAAGACCGAAGAGUCAUUGAGAAGACUGAAGCAAAUACGAGAGAUGAGUUCCCCUCAGAGCAGCGACAGCGCGGGCAUGACGGACGGCGACAAGAUCCGCCUGCAGCUCAACGUGGACGUGGUCUCGUACGGCGCCCUCGCGCGCUCGCUCCGCCUCAAUGUAAAUAGUGUUCACAAGUUCUCACAACUAUCCACUAUGGUAACUGAAGCUGUAAAAAAUAUAGAUAUUAAAUGAUAUGCCCAGUUGUA